AUUGAGUCAAGUGCGAGUCCAACAGAGAGAACGAAUGCGAGCAGUUGAGUGGGAUGCAAGGAAGCAAUCAAACAGAACAUUGGAAGAACAUUAGGAUUCAAAGACAAAAAAGUUUCAAAAUGAACGUUGUGAGACAAUGAAACGGGCUGCAAAAAGGAAUUCGUAGAGAGAGGACAGAACAUUAAGGAUGUGUUUUAUUUUGUAUUUUGGAAAGGAUGUCAACGUUGUUUUUCAAGUAGCUAACAACAUUGCCAUUCAAAAGGAAAUGCAUCAGAAGGAGGCAACGCUGAUAUCUCCAAGGGGUCCUUAGACCUGAGGCUGUUGUCCUCCUGCCCCUCUGCCCACAGCCUCCUACCAAGCUGGUCUCUUUUAAUGGUUGGCACUGGCCACCGCGGCCCUGAUUACUGCCCACACAGACACAGCCUGAUGAUCACUGGUGCCAUGGGAGCGGUGCGAGUCAACAGAUACAGCAUCGUAGCCACCGAUGAAGACCACUUCAAGAUCUCCACCCUGGGCCUCCACAAUGGCCAUGGAGGAGGAGGCGGCAGCUCGCUAGCCCUGCGAGCAACAGAGUCUGUCCACAACGGACGCCAGAUCUCCACGACGGGGCCCAACCAUGUCCGGAGCCGCUUCGUGAAGAAGAACGGCCAGUGCAACGUGGUUUUCCACAACAUGGAAGACAAGACGAAACACUAUCUGGCCGACAUAUUUACCACCUGCGUGGACAUCCGCUGGCGUUACAUGCUGCUCCUCUUCACCUCUACCUUCCUGCUCUCCUGGUUCCUCUUCGGGGUGGUCUUCUGGGGAGUGGCUCUGGCCCAUGGGGACUUCGACCUUCGACCCGGCCUGGGAGAGGGGCCUCUGGCCGGCUUGGAGGGAGGAGGGGUGGAGUGGAAGCCCUGCAUCCUACACGUCCAAGGCUUCGUAGGGGCGUUUCUCUUCUCCAUAGAGACCCAGACCACCAUUGGGUAUGGGUUCCGCUGCGUCACCGAGGAGUGUCCAGCGGCGGUGGCUACGGUGGUGGUCCAGUCCAUUGUGGGCUGUAUCAUCGACUCCUUCAUGAUCGGAACCAUCAUGGCCAAAAUGGUUCGACCUAAGAAGCGGGCGCAGACCUUGCUGUUCUCGCACCACGCAGUAAUCUCCAUGCGGGACGGGAAGCUGUGCCUGAUGUUUCGCCUGGGUAACAUGAGGAAAAGCCACAUCGUGGAGGCUCACGUCCGGGCGCAGCUCAUCCGGCCGCACGUCACCGCCGAAGGCGAGUACCUCCCCAUGGAGCAGACGGACAUCGACGUGGGUUACGACGAGGGCCUGGACCGCCUCUUCCUGGUGUCUCCACUGGUCGUGGUCCACGAGAUCAACGAGAACAGCCCGCUGUACUGCAUGAGCAGCGCCGACCUGACGACAGAGGACUUUGAGAUCGUGGUGAUACUGGAGGGGAUGGUGGAGGCCACGGCCAUGACCACCCAGGCCCGCUCCUCCUACCUGGCCAGGGAGAUCCUGUGGGGCCACCGCUUCGAGCCCGUGGUCUUCGAGAAGGAGCACCGCUACCAGGUAGACUACUCCCGCUUCCACAAGACCUACGAGGUGCCAGCUACUCCGCACUGCAGCGCCAGGGAGCUCCAGGAGAUGACGGGCCGAUCCCGCUCCCCCUCGUCUGCCUCCGGCUCUAGUUCUACCCGGUCAGUGUCCCCUCUCGGUCCCAAAUCCUCUGGCCUCCACCUCUUGCCUCCACACUCCCCCAGCGCCUUCUGCUACGAGAACGAGGUGGCCCUGUGCUGCGGGGAGGAGGAGGGGGAGGAGGUAGGGGAGAUGGGUAUGAUGCUGGGGGGGAGGGACGACGGGGAGGGGGAGGAGAGGGACGUACAACUAGACAUCUUCCAGGAGAGAUUUCAGGACCAGGUAGCGGUGGACAUGAACAUGCUGUGUGUGCUGGACAUGGACAAUCAGAUUGACAGGCUGCAGCCGGCUAUAGCUCUUGAUGCGCUGGGCUUCAGGAGGGAAUCAGGAGUGUAG